CUGUUUGCAAUUCACGAUGUCGCAGAGUCUCUCAUCAAUAUGAAAUUUCCAAGACUUCGGAUUCUACACACUUACUGUUGUCCCAAUCCCGGUCCCUUCGAUUGGGAUGACACUCCCCGAAAUUUCAUGAAUUGGACAAUCAUGCAUACCAUCCGAAUGCUCGUACUAGGAAUCGGUCACGGGCUCAUUUAUUUAAAGGCUCUCUGUAGAGACUAUCUUUCCCCAUUUCAUAUGACACCUCACCUCAAACAUAUCGUCUUCAUCUUGGAUCCGAAAGAGGAUGUUCCAACAAGCGUGCCUUCUACGCUGGUUGAAACUCUCAAGUCCUAUGGAAUCCAAUCUCACGUGCGGCCUUACUAUAAGCCAGAUGAAUUGAUGGCACUAGAUGACGAGCUCAACGGGCCAAUGAAGUGAAUCACUUUGGCUUGUCACAAAUUCACAAUGAUCAAUGACAUUGCCGUAUGGAUUUUUGCUUGGAAAUGGGAAGGAGAUUGAAACAUGAGACUUUGGAUUUGACUGUUUGUCCAUAAUCUUUGAAACCUCCACAGAAGAGAUGAAUUCGAUAAGUAUCAAUAUCCAUACGUUUCAGUAUAUAUGAUUGUAAAUCGCAUUGAUGUAUGUAAACAAGUAUACAGACUUCUCUCCCAAGAAUGCAACAGUAGAUCAACACUCCUUAUG